GUGUGGGCAGGUCUGUCUGUAGUUUAAAGUGGUUUAAAUGUGGUGACGUGCACACUUUAGAACGAACUCUAUGCCUAAGACAGCCGGCGAAGGCACAGCGUGUGUGGUGUCACCUAAUUUCUGUUACUCUGUCAUUUUUGAAGCAGUGUGUUGGCGGAGCUGCGAGUGAAGCCGGCGGCGACCAAGCGGCGCCAGAUUUGAGUUCCUUUUGUGUGCUAGUGUUCCGUUAAUUUGUCGAAUUACGCAAAGAUGGUUUCUGCGGACAUCUUUCCACUACAUUCCGAGGAACAAGAGGACUGCAACGGUGACUGUAAUGGAGAGAUCCAGUGGUGUUUUUCUCAAGUGAAGGGGACGCUAGAUGACGAUGUAACUGAAGCGGACAUAAUUUCGUGCGUGGAGUUCAACCAUGACGGCGACCUGCUGGCGACAGGCGAUAAGGGUGGCCGGGUUGUCAUCUUUCAGCGAGACCCCGCGUCUCGGCAGAGCCAGCCUAGGAGAGGGGAAUACAAUGUGUAUAGUACAUUUCAAAGCCACGAGCCUGAGUUCGACUACCUCAAGAGUCUUGAGAUUGAGGAGAAGAUCAACAAAAUUAGGUGGCUGCGCCGAAAGAACCAAGCCCAUUUUCUGCUUUCAACUAAUGACAAGACGAUCAAGUUGUGGAAAGUGUCCGAGCGGGACAAGCGCAUAGAUGGCUAUAGCUCGCGAACAGAAGUGGGCGGCAUGACAGCCCUGCGAGUUCCUACGAUACAGCCCAUGGAUCUUUUGGUUGAGGCCACACCACGGCGAAUUUUUGCCAAUGCACAUACCUACCACAUCAACUCCAUCUCGGUCAACAGCGACCAGGAAACGUACCUCUCCGCAGAUGACCUUCGCAUAAACCUCUGGCAUCUGGAAAUAACCGACCAAAGUUUCAAUAUCGUAGACAUUAAACCGACAAAUAUGGAGGAGCUGACAGAAGUAAUAACUGCAGCAGAAUUCCAUCCAACCCAGUGUCAUAUGUUUGUUUAUAGUAGCAGCAAAGGCACCAUCCGACUGUGCGACAUGAGGGCAGCAGCGCUUUGUGACCAGCAUGCCAAACUGUUUGAAGAGCCCGAGGACCCGACCAACCGCAGCUUCUUCUCCGAGAUCAUCUCCAGUAUCUCAGACGUGAAAUUCAGCAACAAUGGCCGCUACAUGAUCUCCAGGGACUAUUUAACUGUUAAAGUGUGGGACUUAAACAUGGACAAUAAGCCGGUGGAGUGCUACAAUGUGCAUGAGUAUCUUCGCACCAAGCUCUGCAGCCUCUACGAGAAUGACUGCAUUUUUGACAAGUUUGAGUGCUGCUGGAACGGCACCGACAGCUACAUCAUGACUGGGUCCUACAAUAACUUUUUCCGGGUAUUCGACCGGACGGCGAAACGCGACGUGACCCUGGAGGCGUCCCGGGAGAUAGCCAAGCCGCGGACGGUGCUAAAAGCGCGGAAGGUGUGCACAGGCGGCAAGCGGAAGAAAGAGGAGAUCAGUGUAGACUGCUUGGAUUUCAACCGCAAGAUUUUGCACACGGCGUGGCAUCCCCAAGAAAAUGUAGUGGCAGUGGCUGCCACGAACAACCUGUACAUAUUUCAGGAGAAGUUCUAGUUAUUGCUUUGGCCACGCUACAGCGCAAUGUAAAAAAUGUACAUAGUGUCAUUCCCCCGCCCCAUCCCUCCUCCAAUCCCCCUAUCUGUUUUAGAAAGGCAAUUUUUAGUUCUCCCCCCGCAGUCCCGUUGUUGUACCGUACGGGUGACUGAGGUUUUUGUAGAUCGUACCGAUUCUGUUUUACGUAGGUCCCCCUUGGUGUUUUGUUUAUGCCAUUGCAUGUUGUUGUGGACGACGGGGGGGCAGUUGCUCAAAUGCUGUGUGCUGCUCCUCAAUGGCACUCGGAAAAAAAGGUAAAGCAAACGAAACGUUUACAAGACUGUCGUAUUCCGAAUUCACGUACGUUGACAGUGAAAAAAAAAAAAAAUAAAACGAAGUCUUAAGAAAGUGCC